GGCGGCCGUGCGGUCCAGCCGGUUGGAAGAAUAAGUCGUUGAUAAGCCAUCAGUGGUUGUAUGGCAGAAUAAGAAUGUCACUGUUGUGUCCAGGUCACCAGUGCUUAAAAUCACAAAGGUGCGGGAGAUAUUUGCCCCCAAGGCUCAUUUCAAAUUCCAAGUUUCGAGCACAAACAGGAGAAAACUGAAAAAACUCGUUUUUGCACGUAGAGGCAGUCCCGAGGGCGGGGAGGGAGCGGAGAAACAAAACCCCGAAUCUCCAUCUCAACGAAAGCACGGAUUCACUCCUGAUUCAAGGUGCGAAGUGACUAAUCGCCAUGUGAGAGAAUCGUCCUAUACCGGAGCCAGACUGCAGCACUGUCCGGCGUGAUUCGGUUGUUUCGCAUUCAGAGCGACACUUCCGUCAGCGUUCACUUCUGUCGUUGGACGUUUUCUCAUUUUAGUCGGGGUGCAGCUAAAGUGACUGGGGAUUAAAGGGCCGCCUAUAUAAGUUAUUCCUGUGCCCCCCGGGAGAGUUCGGUCUAUAUUCAUGACAGCGCGACGAUGCCUGACUCCUUCGAUGUGCCAUUUCCCCAUUACGCAGCGCGUCAGAGUGGAUGUAGGAUCGAAUCGGCUGAAGUGUGAGUACACAUCCCUGGGGACACAUAUUCUCACAAGCAAGCACACGCACGACCACACAACAGGCACCAUGCAGGAGUCAGAGCCCACAGUGUGCCAGCUGCAGCCCAACAUCAUCUCAGUGCGCCUUUUCAAGAGGAAGGUCGGUGGUCUGGGCUUCCUGGUGAAGCAGAGGGUGUCCAAGCCCCCCGUCAUCGUGUCGGACCUCAUCCGUGGGGGCGCCGCAGAGGAGUGCGGCCUGGUGCAGGUCGGCGACAUCGUCUUGGCUGUCAACAACAAGCCUCUGGUGGACCUGUCGUACGAACGGGCCUUGGAGACGCUGAAGAAUGUGUCGCCUGAGAGCCACGCCGUGCUGAUCCUCCGUGGGCCCGAGGGCUUCACCACCCACCUGGAGACCACCCUGUCUGGCGAUGGCCGCCAACGCACAGUGAGGGUCACGCGCCCCGCCUUCCCACCCUCAAAGUCCUACGAGCACUGCUCCCCUCUCAGCCCAUUUGGCCCUGGGCAGCCCCAGCAGCAGGUCAACAAAGAGCCUCAACUCAGGGCCAUCGAGAACCUGUCCUCUCCGUCCAUCACCCAGUCCCUCCUGCAGAGGGGAGGCGUGCAGGCCCAGGACCCCCUGCUGAUAAGGGACGGGGGCCGCGGGGCUCUCCUGUGCAACGGACUGGAGGAGAACAACGAGCUGCUGAAGGAGAUCGAACCAGUGCUGCGCCUCAUCAAAAACAGCAAAAAGGAGAUCAAUGGAGAAGGCCAGAGGAAUGUGGGGAGAAGGGACGCCGAGAUUCAAGUGGCCUGGGACCAUGGCGUGGGAAAUGGCACGGCUCCCCAGCUGGCGUCAGAUAACAACAGAAUGCUGGAAAACACACCGGUGGUGCUCAACAAUGCUGACACUGACAAGCCUCCGGCCCAGGACAGGCACUCGCCCACCAAGUCACUGCAGAACGGCAGCCCCUCCAAAUGCCCUCGCUUCCUAAAGAUCAAAAACUGGGAGACUGGCACAGUCUACAGCGACACGCUCCACCACAGCUCCAGCAAGAUGCCGGUCUGCACAGAAAACGUGUGCAUCGGGUCUGUAAUGAUGCCGAAUCAGCAAGUCCACAAACCAGAUGAGGUCAGGAGCAAAGAGGAGCUUCUCCGACUGGCCACUGACUUCAUAGACCAGUACUACACCUCCAUCAAAAGGUUUGGCUCAAAGGCUCACGUGGACAGGCUGGAGGAGGUGACCAAGGAGAUCGAAGCUUCAGGAACUUACCAGCUGAAAGACACGGAACUGAUUUAUGGAGCCAAGCACGCCUGGAGGAACGCUGCCCGAUGUGUAGGGAGGAUCCAGUGGUCAAAACUACAGGUUUUUGAUGCCAGAGACUGCACAACAGCCCAUGGAAUGUACAACUACAUCUGUAACCACAUCAAGUACGCCACCAACAAAGGCAACCUGAGGUCAGCAAUCACCAUAUUUCCUCAGAGGACAGAUGGCAAACAUGACUACAGAGUGUGGAACAGCCAGCUCAUUCGUUACGCAGGCUACAAACAGCCCGAUGGACGGAUCGUGGGAGACCCUGCUAACGUUGAAUUUACCGAGAUCUGCAUGCAGCUGGGAUGGAAAGCGCCAAAGGGGCGUUUCGAUGUCCUCCCGCUCCUGCUGCAAGCCAACGGAAACGACCCUGAGCUGUUCGAGAUCCCAGAGGACCUCAUCCUGGAGGUGCCAAUCACACACCCAAAGUACGAGUGGUUCAAGGACCUGGACCUGAAGUGGUACGGCCUCCCGGCGGUCUCCAACAUGCUGAUGGAGAUCGGCGGCCUGGAGUUCACUUGCUGCCCCUUCAGUGGCUGGUACAUGGGCACGGAGAUCGGCGUGAGGGACUUCUGCGACAGCUCACGUUACAACAUUCUGGAGGAGGUUGCUACCAAGAUGGCCUUAGACACCAGGAAGACGUCCUCCCUCUGGAAAGACCAGGCACUGGUGGAGAUCAACAUUGCUGUUCUUUACAGCUUCCAGACAUGCAAAGUGACCAUAGUGGACCAUCACUCAGCCACAGAGUCCUUCAUGAAGCACAUGGAGAACGAGUACCGGGUGCGAGGUGGCUGUCCUGGAGACUGGGUGUGGAUUGUGCCUCCCAUGUCAGGAAGUAUCACACCGGUGUUCCACCAAGAAAUGCUCAACUACCGCCUCACCCCUUCCUUCGAGUACCAGCCUGAUCCCUGGAAUACCCACGUGUGGAAAGGAGUCAAUGGGACGCCCACAAAGAAAAGAGCCAUCGGAUUCAAGAAGCUUGCCAAGGCUGUGAAGUUUUCGGCCAAGCUCAUGGGCCAGGCCAUGGCCAAGAGGGUGAAGGCCACCAUACUGUUUGCCACAGAGACGGGCAAGUCGCAAGAUUAUGCCAAAACCCUCUGUCAAAUCUUCAAGCACGCUUUCGACGCAAAGGUCAUGUCCAUGGAUGAAUAUGAUGUGGUGGACCUGGAGCACGAGACGCUGGUGUUAGUGGUCACCAGCACCUUCGGCAACGGUGAUCCACCUGAAAAUGGAGAGAAAUUUGGAGCUGCCUUAAUGGAGAUGCGCCACCCAACAUCCAACACAGAAGACAGAAAUAGAGGAGGAGAAACCUCCUCUGCUUCUAUGAGCCAGCCUCCACUGGUCUCACAUCUUUCUCUUCACCACCUGUACAGGAGCUACAAGGUCCGUUUCAACAGCGUGUCCUCCUACUCUGACACUCGCAAGUCAUCCAGCGACGAGCCAGAAGCCAAGAUUAACUUUGAGAGCACCGGACCUCUCGCCAACGUUAGGUUCUCAGUGUUUGGCCUUGGCUCCAGGGCCUACCCACACUUCUGCGCCUUUGCCCACGCUGUGGACACGCUGUUUGAAGAGCUGGGGGGGGAGCGCAUCCUACGCAUGGGAGAAGGAGAUGAGCUGUGUGGCCAGGAGGAGUCAUUCAGAACCUGGGCCAAGAAGGUUUUUAAGGCUGCCUGUGACGUGUUCUGUGUUGGCGAUGAUGUGAACAUCGAGAAGGCCAACGACUCGUUGAUCAGCAACGACCGCAGCUGGAAGAAGAGCAAGUUCCGCCUGACGUACACAGCCGAGGCCCCGGCGCUCACAGAAGCACUGUACAACAUUCACAAGAAGAAGGUUUAUGGAGCAAAGAUGCUGGAAUCUCAAAACUUACAAAGUCCCAAAUCCAAUCGCUCCACCAUAUUCGUGCGGCUCCACACAAACAACCACGUCAGCCUGAAAUACCAGCCCGGCGACCAUCUGGGCAUCUUCCCUGGCAACCACGAGGACCUGGUGACGGCUCUCAUAGAUAAACUGGAGGAUGCUCCGCCUGUCAAUCAAAUAGUCAAAGUGGAGUUCCUGGAGGAGAGGAACACUGCCCUGGGUGUAAUCAGUAACUGGACAAAUGAGACUCGUAUCCCUCCCUGCACCAUCUACCAAGCCUUCCAGUACUUCCUGGACAUCACCACCCCGCCGAGUCCUGUGCUGUUGCAGCAGUUUGCCGCUCUGGCGACCAAUGACAAGCAGAAAAAGAAACUAGAGAUCCUCAGUAAGGGCUUGCAGGAGUACGAAGAGUGGAAGUGGUACAAUAAUCCGACGCUGGUGGAGGUGCUGGAGGAGUUCCCAUCCAUCCAGAUGCCCUCCACCCUGCUGCUCACCCAGCUGCCUCUGCUGCAGCCGCGCUACUACUCUAUCAGCUCCUCUCCAGACCUGCACCCAGGAGAGAUCCACCUCACCGUCGCCGUGGUCUCUUACCGUGCCCGAGAUGGAGAGGGACCUAUCCACCAUGGAGUGUGUUCGUCGUGGCUCAACAGGAUAGAGAAGGGGGAGAUGGUGCCAUGUUUUGUCCGAGGUGCACCAUCCUUCCAACUACCCAAGGACAACCAAGCACCUUGUAUCCUGGUGGGCCCAGGAACAGGCAUCGCCCCGUUCAGAAGCUUCUGGCAACAGAGACUAUAUGACCUCGAACACAAAGGAAUCGAGUCGUGCCCCAUGAUCCUGGUGUUUGGUUGUCGUCAGAGCGAGGUCGACCACAUCUACAAAGAGGAGACUAUCCAGGCCAAGAACAAAGAUGUGUUCAAGGAGCUCUACACGGCCUAUUCCAGAGAACCCGGCAAACCAAAGAAAUAUGUACAGGACGCACUGCGCGAGCAGCUGUCAGAGACGGUGUACCAGUGCCUGAGGGAGGAGGGAGGACACAUCUACGUGUGUGGGGAUGUUACCAUGGCCGGGGAUGUUCUCAAGACUGUCCAGCAAAUCAUCAAGCAGCAGGGCAACAUGAGCUUGGAGGAUGCUGGCUUCUUCAUCAGCAAGCUCCGGGACGAGAACCGCUACCAUGAGGACAUCUUUGGUGUCACCCUGCGCACGUACGAGGUCACCAACCGCAUUCGCUCGGAGUCCAUCGCCUACAUUGAGGAGAGCAAAAAGGACUCAGAUGAGGUUUUCUGCUCAUAAAGUCUAUGAAUCAGGAGGCGUUCUGACGACAACCGGUUCAGAAGACACGGCAACGCUGGUUAAAGAAUACUGUGCCAAUUUUUGUACUGUAAAAAAAAAAAUGGAUUUCUUUCUUUUUUUUUUAUACCACUUAAAUGUUUCUGUUGGGCUCUGCAAUUCUGUCUGUAGCAAGUUGGAAAUGUUCUGUUCUCUGAGAAUCUGUUUUGCUUGUUAAUGAUACUUCCAAAAAUGAUAAAAUUGAUCAUUUGAUUCAUAAUGUGUGCACCUAGUGUAAUGACCUGCCUCAUUGUGAAUGCAUGACCAAGACAAAAAUAUACUCAAGAAAUAUAAUAUAGUCUGUGUUAUUGUUACAGUUAAAAGGCUUUUAUUGAGGUUUUAUAUCUACGAGAAAAUGUGUGGCGUUUAACGACGACGUUUCCUGAAGUAUGAAUUAAUUCGACUUUUGAGUUUUCAGGAGAGAAUCAGGGCUGGUCAACUCUGUUUUUAUCAAAAGGCUGUAAACUCAACAGAGAGAGACAAGUGAAAGCUGUACAGGCAUGCAGAUAGAAAAUACUGAAGGACAAUUUUGGCGCGUUGACAGGUCGUCCUGAAUUAUGAAAACAGCGAUACUGUCACAGCCUCAACAAACAUAUUAUCUAGCUCUUCACUUGCAGUCCAUUAAAAUGCAUCAGCCUCUGUGCCAGCUGUCUGUUUGGUGGCCUGUCCGUUCUCUCGUAACAUCAUUACGUUGCGCGUCCCAGCUGGUGCUCGCCCAGCUCCACAGCAGCUGCACAGGAAUGUGCAGGGCAGCCACUAAAGAAGAAGUCUGAACCCGAGUUACUACAUUUUAAAAGAAACUAAAAUGAUCAACAAAUAAAAGUCUUUUUUUAAAUAUCGAAGAAGUGAUGUGUUGACUGUAUUAAAAUUAAAAUUAAGCUGUUUUUUGCCAAAUCAUAUAAUCAUGUUGGUGGGAAAUUGUUUUGAAAAAAAGAAAAAACGUAAUUCUUGAUUUAUGCAUUGUUAUUCAAUGAUCUAAUCUGGGGUUGUUCGACAUUUUGGGAGUUAUGCUUAUUGUCAUUAUUGUUGAGAGUUGAUGAGAAUAUUGACACCACUCUCAUGUCUGUAGCCUAUGUGUCCUUUCUCACAGGGUUAAAGUAAGGCUGAGCAGGACUUAGGUUAGCAUCAAAACUGGUCACAGGGAAAUAUACAAUAUGUCUCUAUCAGCAUCAAUAUCAAUAUGAACACCUUAAUAAUAAUAAUUUAUUAAGGUGUAAAAACAACAGAUUGUGCUUUUACAGGAUGUUAGGCUAUGUGCUGGACAUUUUUUUGUUUUGGCUGAAACCAGGAAGUCACGCCUUGGGUCAAAGCUAGCUGUUUCACCUGUUACCACUCUUUAAACCUGCAAUUUGACGUUAUUACGGUUUUAAAUUUAACUAACAAGAUAUCAGAGUCUGCUAGGCUAACCUAAACAAGACAAACAGUAAGGCAGGUGCCUGGGCGAAGAAGUUUCCAGUCUCUGUGCUAGGCUUAGCGAGGCUAAGCUAACCAGCUCCUGGCUGUGACGUCAUAUUUACCGUCCAAAUGUCAGAGUGGUAUCAAUUUUCUCAUCUUACUCUCAGAAGAUCGCAAACAAAUAUUUUUAUCCCCCCAAAACCUUAAAGUAUCGCUUCAAAAGUGGACGUAUCUCUAUAUCAAAGCAUUGCUAAUGGAAGCAAACAGAUCUGUUUUCGCACCGUGCGCUGCCCGGAUCAUAUCAGACAGCUGUCAACUUGGCGCCAACUGAGCAUUCAAAAUCUGCAUUCAUCAGCAUCAUGACUCCUCUGCCUCUUGCCUUACAUUAACUCUCUGCCUCUGCCGACAUGCAACACACUCAUUAUUUAUUCUUUUCUCUUUCUGCAUGAUAUUGCGCAACCCUGCGGCUCACAUGCCACUCUUUCACUGUGACCUGACACCUGCUCAGUAGCAUCAACAUACUUGUGUGUGUGUUUGUGUGUUUGUUUGUUUUUUUGUUUGUUUGUUUGCCUGUGUGUGUGCGUGUGUGUGUGUGUAUGUGCCAUUGAAAUCAUCAAGUGUCGUCAUAAUUCAUCUCUAUACGAGUGGGUGUAAAACAUGCAUGUGCUCAGGUGUGUAUUUUUACAGGAUUAUUCUGCUUGUUACCUUGUCAAACUGGUCAGAUUUUAAAAUAAGCAUGAAUUUGUUGCUCUGUGAGUCACACAAGCCUGCAAAUCUAAUCUUACAGAUGGUGUUUUGGUGACAAGAAACUGCCCACGUGGCUUUUUUUUUGUUUUGUUUUGAUCUCAGCAGUUCACUUCUAUUCUUUUAAGUUGCAGUGAAGUAUUCAUUCAGGGACAAGAGGCAAUCGCACUGCCGCUGUGGUCAUUUGCUGCUUUCCAAUGAGUCAGGGGUUGUAAUUUGAAUAUAUUUGUGCAGAGGGCCACAUUGUUUUUUGAGAACCCACUCUGCAGUAACCUGUGGUUUUCUUGUCAGCUUCUGAGUCUUGAGUGUUUCCUUUCUUUGUCUUUGAUUCAAAUUAAAGAUAGCUGUCAGCAUGAUUAUCGGAUUUCUAUGUGAUUAUCAAAUGUCCCUCACAGCUGCUGAGAAUAUAUUUGUUCUUUUGCUGUUUUUGUUUUUGUUUUUUGGGUUUUUUUUUCCUGGUGUCGACUAUUUUUACUGCCGGGAGAAAAUGGGUGAUUCCGAUUGUCGCCAUUGUUGUGCAUUCUGGAAGAAUGUCUCCUGUGUAUAAUUUGUUGAAACAGAUUUAGCUGAAUUGGAAUGAGAGCCGUCAGGAAAAUGUCUGUGAUGUAAAAUGUGCAACGAGAAAACAAUUGAUACAAGACAUAGCUUCUAUAUAUAGCUUCUAUAUAUAUAUAUAUUCAAAGACAAAGUAUAAGAUAUAAAGAGUACCACUUCGACCUUUUCUAAGAAUGUAUUUUGAUUAUGUAAAUGAGCACUAUGAUUCUGCUUGAUUUAAAAAGAACAAAAAAAAAGGCAUAUUCUAUGGUGUCUCUCAUAUCCUUUAGGUAUGGGACUAAAACAGCAGCAUUAAAUAAAUGCAUGUCUCCUGUUAAUAUUUAAAGAUGCUCUGUCUAUUUACCAGCACUGUGUCAGUCAGUGAGACUGUAUUGUGAAGUUAUCCGGCCUUUCUAACAGGGCUUUUGGAUGGUCAAAAAAAAGAAAAAAAGAAAAAAAAAA